AUGAAUCCAUUUCCUCCGCCACCCCCGCUACCACUGCCACCGGUCUCCGCCUUUCCCCCGCCACCGCUACCACUGCCACCGGCCUCCGCCUUUCCCCCGCCACGGCCAUCCGCCUCCGCCUUUCCCCCGCCACCGCCACCACCUUACUUCCACCACCCUACUCCAGCCAGUGCUCUGGCAUAUGAUCUUCCUGGUGCUCUCUCAUCCCUUACAUCUCUCCUCAACCUCUCCUCAACUACUCUCAACUCUCUCUCCUCUCUUCUUCCUAUACCCCUUGUUCCUCCCUCUCCUUCUCCAGCUCUAAUCCCAUGCCCUUUCAAUCCCAACCAUCGUCUUCCCCUUUCUUCCCUCUUCUCUCACUCUCUUCAUUGCGCACCCAUUUCCUCUUCAUCCGCCGAUUACAUUCAAACCCUAAUACAACACCUCAAAUACCCCCAUACCCUUCACUCAUCCAAUCCCUUUACCUUACCCUUGCUUGAAUCGCAGUCUGACCUUUGCUUCUCUCUUGAAACAUACCUCGAUUUUGAAAAUCCCACUUUCUGUUAUUCUAAUUGUCCUGGUGUUGUUUCUUUUCCUAUUAGGGGAGAAAAUGCCAAUCCUCCGAUGCUCACUUUGCUUGCUGUUUUAUCUUCCGAAUGUGCUAAUUUUGGUCAAAAUUUGAUUGGGUUUCCGAAAGAAAUUGUUAGUCAGCUUCUUCCUUCGGAGGUUUAUGCAAUUAGGAAUGAAACGGAUCAUUGGAAUGAGUUUCCUUUUAUGUAUUCAUAUCGUGUUCUUCGUGCGAUUUUGGGAUUAGGGAUGAGUAGUGUGGAGUGUUUAUCUACGUGGGUAGUUGCUAAUUCAGCUAGGUAUUAUAGUGUUGUACUUGAUUUAGCAAUGAGGGAUCAUAUACUUGUACUGUUUAAGCUUUGUUUGAAGGCUAUAGUUAGGGAAUCUAAUGAUUUAGCUAGUACAUUUUGCAAUGGAGAAGCUGAGGAAUCAGUUUUGAGUAAUCGAAGUUUUAAGUGUCCUGUCUUAGUUCAAGUCUUCGUGUGGUUGGGAACCCAGCUUUCUGUGUUAUAUGGAGAAAUGAAUGGGAAGUUGUUUGCGAUCAACAUGCUAAAGCAAUGUAUCUGUGACUCUGCAUUUAGUUCUUGUAUGUUCAAUGAAUCUACUGAUAUGAAAAGUGGGGAUGACAAUCUUCAAGAGCCACAGGAAAGUGGUGAACCACUUAAAAGAAGAAUGGAAAAUGAGGGAACAAAUGUAAUGGAUGAAACACUCUCUAAAAGUGCAAUUUUUGUUUCCCAAGUAGCAGCAGCUGUUGCAGCAUUGUAUGAACGAUCCAUGCUUGAAGAAAAGCUCAAAGCACUUAGGAGUUUACCAUCACUUCCAGCUUACCAACGAUCGAUGGAGCACACUUAUAUUUCAAAUAAAGCAGAUGAGGAACGGCAAAAACGCCCUAAUUACAAACCCCUGCUUGAACAUGAUGGCCUUCUAUGGCAGCGUUCGCAAAAUAAUCAGGACACAGAUAGGACAAAGACUAGAGAGGAAUUAUUAGCUGAGGAAAGGGAUUACAAACGUAGAAGAAUGUCAUAUCGCGGGAAAAAGUUGAAGCGGUCAACAACACAGGUUAUGAGGGACAUAAUUGAGGAAUACAUGGAGGAAAUCAGGCAAGCAGAUCCCAUCAAUUGCCCAACAAAAGGAGCUGAAGGGACCAAAUUUCCGCCGUCCGCAUCCUACAGGGUGGAUAAUAAUAAUUAUAAGGAUAAAGCUGAGUCUGGAAAGAGGCAGCCAGAUUCGCCUGCUUUAAGCAAAGUAAGGGAGGGUGGUUAUAGGGAAGAGUUUCAUACUGAUGGAGAAGUCAAUUCAACAGAUUGCAAAUAUGAUUAUUCUGAAAAUAUGGAAAAAGCAUCUCAGUGGCAUCAUCGACAUUUAGUGGCCCAGAGAAGUAAUGGGAGGUCCAGACAGGACAAAAAAGAUUACUCUAGAAGCCCAAAUCAGCGAGUCGGUCGUGCAUAUUCACGUGAGAAAUCGAUCAGCAAAGAGAAGAGAGACUAUUCAAAUGAUUCUAGAUUAAAUUUUUCCAGAAGGUACCACAAAUCAAUUGAGGAGAGUAGUCCACAUAGGGAGAGAGGUGAUCAUCAUUUUGACUUCAAGAAACGGAAGCCAAGGGAUGCUUCUGAUGAUUUUGAAGACCGAUAUGAUCCUUCAGGACCUUAGAAAAACUGUGAGAAAAUGUCCCACUAUUGCAGCUAGUUCUCUUUUUGUCAGGUUAAUCUGGCUAUGUGUUGAUAUUGGAACGGCAUCACCAUCAGAAUUUAUUAUGAUUGGUCUCAUCAGAAAAGAAUUUCCUGUGACUGGUGCCUUUUGUGGUCUACCGGUCAAAUUGGCUAGUAGGAAGUCAUGCAGGUGUCCGCAGUUUAUGCACUUCUGUAUCCUUCCAUGUAUCCUUUAUAUUGAUUUUUCUUGGCAUUGUCUUAAGAUUUAUUGUUCUCUGCCUUUUUUCCCUAUCCAAAGAAAUAAUUUUUAAGCGGUGUAGGGUAUGGCUAAAACCUCAGUGAUAAUGUUCUUCAUGUGCACAUCAUAUAUAUAGUAAGUUGUUCUUUACCAUAGUGCUGGGUAUAACUUGACCUGAAAUGUAACAUUUGUUGCUGAGUUCCUUUUUAUUGUUGGAACAGAUAUUGUUGCACAGAUCUAAUGCUAAAUCCUUUUGGUUUGUUGGUUGUGCUUCAAUGUACAAGUGUAAACACAAGU